CGAAGCACAUACUUGUCCAACCAAUAGCGGUGCCCCUGCUAUCCGCGCACAUAUUCUUACCGAAUAAUCUCUGAACCGGCAUAUCAUCAUUCUUGGCGUUUUUGGUUGUCAGGCCAAGGGUAGGCCAUGCUCGAUUUACCAUGGAUGGGAUGUUUCCCACCAGUUUUGUUUGUUUUUGUUUUGUUUUAUUGGAAACGGAGUUACGGUUUUCGGCCUUGGUUAAGGUAAUAAAGGAUCCGAAUUGGAUGGUGGGAAGGAACAUAUGUCGGUAUUCACUGGCUUACAAAGAAAAGAAGAAAAGGGGUCUGGGACUAGGUGGUACAGCAUCAUCAUCAUGGUCCAAAGUCGCGAAUCCUUUGACCGACUUUGAGAUAUGGCUCCCAAGUCCAAGUGUUAGACGGAACCACUGGGGAAGGGAGUCUUCUCUAUGCCCUAAAAAGCGACAGGGCCAAUUGAGAAUAGUUCUAUAAUUUUAUUCAGAUGUUCUCAUUGUGGGGAAGUGUGAAUAGUGAAGUCCGU